AUGGCACAUUACAAUUAUGCAGAUAUUUUAUCUUCUUCCGAUGAUGAAGAUAUAAUCAAUAUUUUAUAUCGAAGACCAAGAAUUUUUAAAGAACGAGUCAAUUAUUUCAUAGAAUUAGAUGACAUUGAGUUUAAAAUGAGAUUUCGUUUAAACAAAGAAACUGUAAUAACAAUAUUAAAUCAUAUACACGGAGAAUUAAUAUUUAGGACUGAAAGAAAUAAUGCAAUAUCACCAAUGUGCCAAUUACUUUUAACAUUGCGUUUAUACGCAACGGGAUCUUUUUUAAUUACAAUGGGAGAUUUCGGGGAAGUCAGCACAACAAGUGCACAACGAAUUGUACACAGAGUCAGUGAAGCAAUUGCUCGUUUGAGACCUCGUUAUAUACAUUUCCCAUCAACUGAAGAGGAAAUUCGAAGAGAGCAAUUAAAAUUUUAUAAUAUUGCUCGAUUUCCAAAAAUUGUAGGAUGUAUUGAUUGUACACAUAUACGUGUUCAAUCUUUUGGUGGACCAGAUGCUGAAUUAUAUCGAAAUCGAAAAGGAUUUUUUUCACUUAAUGUUCAAGCAGUUUGUAAUACAAAUUUAGAAAUAACAGAUAUCGUUGCUAGGUGGCCUGGUUCAGUGCAUGAUAGUACAAUUUUUCAUAACAGUCGUUUAAGAGCUAAUUUUGAAAAUCACAUGUAUAGAAAUGCCUUACUAUUAGGAGAUAGUGGCUAUCCUUCAAAAUCGUAUUUACUUACUCCAUUGUUGAAUCCUGAAAGACCUGCAGAAAUAGUAUAUAACCAAGCACAUAUACGAACACGAAACAUUAUAGAACGAUUAUUUGGAGUUUGGAAGAGACGUUUCCCAAUUUUGGCUUUAGGUAUGCGAUAUAAAUUACAAAGAAUAAUGACAAUUAUUGUAGCCACAGCUGUUAUGCAUAAUAUUGCAAGACGUAAUGCUGAUAAAGAUCCUCCUGAAGAUCCUAUUCUUAACUUGCCAGCACCGUGGGAUCAUAUAAUUAACGAAGGAUAUAUUAAUAAUGAAAUUAAUGUACAAAAUAAUGCGAAUGCUACACGCACACAAAUUAUUAAUGAUUAUUUUCAAAGGUAA